AUGACACGCAGCAAAAACUACAACCAAUACCGGGGAGUGAGGAAGCGAGGGGAAUUUCGUUUUAUUGCAGAGAUUAAAGACACCAAUAGUGGGGUUCGCAGGUGGUUGGGCACGUUCCCUUCUGCAGAGGACGCUGCUAGGGCGUUUGAUGAAGCUGCUGUGAAGAUUCGAGGAGCAAAGGCGAAGCUUAACUUCCCUGGACGGUGUCUUCAGAAAGGGGGAGGGGUAAUAGUACCCGGCUCGCAUCCUGCAGCCUCAUUGGGUGCAGCGACUAAAUUGGAAACAGAAGGAGAGGUUGCAGGGCAGGAUGGCGGAGAGGCUGGCAUGGGAGUGCAAACAGGUGGGGUGUUAACGCAGGUUAGGGAGGACAGUAGUAUCAGGAGCUGCGGAGGGAAAGGGAAGGAAGUACUAGGAUAUGAUGAAGAUACUGCAGCCAGGGGACUGGUGAGUGAAGGUGUGGGUCAGACGAUGAAGAGAGUGGAGAGAUCUAGGGAAGUAACUGGGGCCUUUGCGGUGCCUCACAGGCUGUUCGGAGAGGGAUCAAGUAGUGCAGUGGCGGCGAGCUUUGCAGCGCCUUGGAGGCCAUUUGGAGGGGGAACAAAUAGGGCUGUGAAAGAAUCAAUAGGCGAUGCAGGUGCUCCGGUAGGUGGGGAAGGCGGAGGAGGGGGAGGAGGAGGAGGAGGAGGAGGAGGAGGAGGAGGAGGAGGAGGAGGAGGAGGAGGAGGAGGAGGAGGAGGAGGAGGAGGAGGAGGAGGAGGAGGAGGAGGAGGAGGAGGAGGAGAGGACGGGUACGAGGAAGGGGACGAGGAGCUGCCAAGUGCUAUGGUGGUACCUGAAUCGGAUCUUAACAGGCUUGAGGAGUUGGGAUUUGAGGAGAUGGGAUUUAAGGGGUUGGCAGAAGGUGAGAGGGAGUGGACCUCCGAGCUUGCGGAGCAGUUUGCUCAGCAGCUGGGGGGGAUUGAAGAAACCAAUUGGGAUGGAGGGAGUGGUGUUGGUGCUGGAAAGGGCAAGGAGGCAGUGGAAGAUAGGGAGAUGUCUCUGGGGGAAGAAAGGGAGAUGUCUCUGGGGGAAGAGAGGGAGAUGUCUCUGGGGGAAGAGAGGGAGAUGUCUCUGGGGGAAGAAAGCAGUGGAAGCAGAGAUUCUGAUGGUGGGGAAGGGGCGAUGGAGGAGGAGGGUGCGGCGAGGGCGGGCACGGGAAUAGAUGAGCGUUUGGCUGGCCUUGUUCCUACUGACGAUGAGGUUGCAAUGGUGAUGGGAAUGCAGGCCACUAUGGGAAGCAUAGGUGGUGUGGGUGGUGUGAUCGGUGCAAGUGGCGCUGACGUUGCUGGUGGUAUGGGUGUUGUCGGCCCGGUUGAUGGUAGAGCUGCUACAGCUGCCAAUGUGGGUAGUGGGAAUGGCUUAAACACUACCUUAAACGUUGCUGCCGGUGUUGUUGAUGGCGCUGCUGGUGUUGCACCUGUUGGUGGUGUGGAUGGUGCAGCUGACGUUGCUGGUGGUGCUGGUGUUUCUGGUGGUGCUGGUGUUACUGGUGUUGUUGCUGCUCCUGUUGUGGCUGGGCUGGCAUCCCCAGCCUUCUCUCCCAGACCAAGAUCAACUCCUCCACUGAACAGGGUGAGGCGAUCACAGUCGCAUGAACAGGGACCAAUGGGAGCUGGGCAGCUGGACAGGCAACUGCUGCGUUCGUCAACAUUCGAGCCAAGAUUUCCAGUCAGCAAGUAUGCCCAAGAGCUGCACAAACGACUGGAGAAGCACCCAUGGAGACUUUCCAGGAGCUUCGAUGGUACGACCAGCUUGCGUGGAUACAGCAACACAGAGAAGAGCGGCGUCGAUGACUUGGAGCAUGAUGCCUCUAGGAGAGCCAGUGGCUGUAAUGCUGGCAACAGACGAGGAGACGUCUUCAUGCAGCAGUCUGCACCACAAGGCUUCAUACCUGCUGAUGCUGGUCCUACUGACCAGCCUAGUGCUGAGCAGCCCAGUGCUGAGCAGCUGUACGGUGCCGAGCAGCUGUACGGUGCCCAGCAGCAUAUCAUGGCAGACUUGACCCUUUCUCUGCCUCACCUCUCAGCGGACCAGUUGCUCCUGAGAGAUGCUGAACACUCUGGAUUUGCCCCCUGGGGCCUCAUCUCCCCGUUGUCUCGCAUCGAGGGGGCAGCCUGUCACGAUUUUCAGAACCAAGCCAAUUAUGUCCCCUCGAUGACGCAUUUGGGAGCAACAGGUGCAGGCUUGGGGAUUGGGGGACAGGCAACUGAUGCAGGAGGCUUGUUGCAUACAGGGAAUUUCGAACAUUUAGGGGUGAUUACCCCUAGUGCUGGAACGUACACCGUUGAUGCACUAGAGAUGUUCUUGAUGGAUAAUGGGGAGCACCGGGCAUAA